AAAUAACAGGGAGCUGAUAUGCGGUAUCACGAUGUGUCAGAGAGAGAAAGUCUUAUCAUAAUUUACAACAACACGUGAGAAUAGAGACGUCAGGAGGAUGCGAACAAGACUGACGCGUGCCAAGCUCUCCUGUUUCAACGUUUUAAACGGCCGGAGUGAAACUACAACACCACCACGAUUUGUUCCGGGUGCUGCUACUUCUUCUGUUGAACUGGUUCAUCACCGCCACCAGCUGUCUGACAGAAGCAGCAUACCUUCAUCUAUGGCCAGUCUGGAAAGAAAUAACAAAAUCCUGCUCGAUUUGGUGCGACAGCCCGGUAACGAUGUGUGUGCUGACUGUGGAGCUCCUGAGCCUGACUGGGCAUCCUGUACUCUGGGUGUCUUUGUGUGUGUUAAUUGUUCAGGGUUACAUCGUAAUUUACCUGCUGUUAGCAGAGUGAAAUCCAUUCGUCUGGAUCUCUGGGAGGAUUCAUUAAUCCAGUUCAUGAAGGAGAGGGGAAAUUCUGCAGCAAAAGCCAUUUAUGAGAAGUGUGUCCCUGUUUUCUACUACCGACCACAACAAGAAGACUGCCUUGUUCUUAGAGAUCAGUGGAUCCGAGCUAAGUAUGAAAGAAGAGAAUUCACUGGAGAAAGCACCUACUAUAAACAAGCUUACAGCUCAGAUCUGUUUGACGCAACACUGUGGAAGAAGGGCAAAGACAACAAGCAGUUUCUAAAGAGGAUCUUCCUGCUUUCUCAAAAAGACUUCACGCUGAAAUAUUUCAUCAAAGAGGAUUCCAAGGCUCCUAAAGCUGUCAUCUUCAUGAAGGACCUAAACGCAGUUUUUCAGCCGGAGAAGAUUGGUCAUGCUCACGGUCUGCAGAUCUCCUACUUGCAGGAGGAGCGCACAAGAAAUCUGUUUGUUUAUCAUGAAAGUGGCCAGGUCAUGGUGUCUUUGUUCAAUGCCAUCCGGGCAACACGCUUGGCAUACCUGCAGGGGACACAUCCCUCUGUUCGAACUAAUGACUUAUUACCUCAGAUAACAAGACAAUGUCUGAAGGAGGGAUACAUGGAGAAAACUGGCCCAACGCAACGGGAGCCGUUCAAGAAGAGGUGGUUCACGUUGUGCUUAAUAAACAGAAAGCUUCUUUAUUUCAAAACUCCACUGGAUGCUACAGAGCUGGGUGCUGUCUUCAUUGGCACAGAGGGCCACAGCUACUCUGUCUCAGAGAACACCGGGCGCAGCUCAAGAGGAGGCCGCUGGCACUGCGGCAUCACGCUGCAGACACCGGGCAGGCAGUUUGUGUUCAUGUGUGAGCAGGAGCAGGAACAGAGGGAGUGGCUGGAGGCGUUCAAAGAGGUCAUUUCUAAGCCCAUGACACCUGAAGACUAUGCUAAUGAAGCUAACUUGUGGAGGAGGAAAUAACUGGAGAAGCUCCACCUGCUGGUUCAGCAUACAUAAAACAUCUCCUCUGGGACAAUGGAGACUGGUGCCUUUCUUCCAAAUAAUACUCAGAAAUCUUUACUGUGGAUGAAAUGCACCUUUAAAGACAGGGCAUCUUCACACUGCCAACAACUGAUCAAUUCAAAUACUCAGCUUGGUUUACAGUGUCUGUGAAACAAUGCAACAUCUUAACUAACUGCCACAGCUGAGAUAUUGACACUGAGAAACUGUAUUGCACUGUGGUUAAUACAAUGAUGACACAAAAAAAGCAAUUAAUUUCUUUUUUUUUUAUGAAAAAGGACUAUUUUUAAUGUUUACAUUGCAUAUUUGUGCUAUUUUUUGUUUAACUUGAUGUUUUUAUCCCACUCAGUUUGCACAUUUUGAAAUGAUAAACUCACUCCAUGAAUCUGGGGCACUAAAAGUUGUAUAUAAUUUAAAUAAAUAAAUUGAAAAUA